UAAUCUGUGGUUUGCACUGUUUGUGUCUCUCAUAAGGUGAAACUUUUGAUAUCUGGCAACCCUGAGUCGAGCAGAGUGGAAGUGAGCGGAGUCUCAGGUGAGGAGCAGCGGCGCAACAAACCGCGUGUCACAAGCUGCAGUGAUAUCCAUAAGCCAGUCCCAAUGAGCAUUAUAAAGAGAAUCAGCUUCUUCAAAGCACCACCAGAUCCAUGUGGUGAUCACCAGGAGAUCCACUGGUGAUGAUGGAAAGAGAUCUGGUCGUGCUCCAUUUAAAGUCAAUGUGCCAUCGGAUUUCUAUAAAUCACCUGCUUGUUGUCAGUUGAAGGUGGAAUUUAGAGUUGUACUGCCUGGAUAAAGAGCAUCUGGAACCCCUAACCAAAAAAAAAAAAAAAAAACCCACAAGGAUGGUUUCCUUCUAAACACUUUCAGCAUAGACCCUUGUACUGGAUUUUACACAUUUCUGUGCACCCCAGAUGUGCGAAGAUGUUGGACUUUGGGUCUAGACCAUAACCAUACAGAAAUAAAAGUAUUUCACCUCUAAUGGGUCUGUUAUGGAUGUAAUGAAGAACACUUUGUGCUUGAGAAUAAACACCACUGGGGGAUUCCUAAUUCAGAUGUGUGGACGUUUAGUGACUUUGUGAUUAACCCGACGAGGAGCUAGGAUGCCAAAGCAGCACCGCAGGAAACUGUCUCUGUUCCAGGCACUCACCCUUGUUAUGCUGUUGACGUCCCCGGAUUGCCUGUCAUCCCAGCAACAGAUCCAAUCCAAAGUCAGGAUGCCUCCAGCUACAUUGUCCCAGGGGGAAAGCAACCAUUCUGAAGACUUGGGGCAGACUUGUUGGUCGUUCAUCUCGAGUGCCACGGCAGAUGUUUUAUAAGAACGAAUGGGCUUCUUGGGGAGUAUGGUCUGAGUGCUCUCGCUCCUGUGGAGGAGGAGCGUCCAUCCGCAGACGGACCUGCAUCUACAGGAACCCAGUAGGAGGGCCAUGUUUAGGAGAUCCCAGGCAGUAUAAGAUCUGCAACAGUAAGGGGUGUCCUCCUGGAUCUUUAGACUUCAGAGAACUACAAUGCAAAGCUUUUGAUGACCAGCCCCUGGUUGCUGGUAGCAGUUACCAGUGGACUACUUUUCAUGGAGGCUCUGACCCCUGUGAGCUCAGCUGUUUAGCCCUGGGGCACAAUUUCUACUACAAUUUUGGGCGAGUCCUGGAUGGCACACCCUGCCCAACCGAUCCCGGGGCCAUAUGUGUGAACGGGAAAUGCCUGAAACCAGGGUGUGACCUGAUCUUUGGCUCCCAGCAGCAGGAAGAUGCCUGCAUGGUGUGUGGAGGCCAGAACACCACCUGCCUUCAUCACCGCAGUGUGUAUCGGAAUAACGGGCAGGAGAUCGGGGCGUUUGGGUACAAUGAGGUCACCAUGAUCCCAGCCGGAGCCACCCACAUCAGAGUGACUGAUAACAGCAAAAACUAUUUAGCUCUUCAGAAUGGACGUUCCCAGUUUGUAAUUAACGGCAACUGGAAGAUCAGUGUUCCAGGGGAAUAUAACGUGGCCGGGACCAAACUGUUGUACCGUCGCUCUGCUGAUACAUGGGAAAGCUUUGAGGUACAAGGGCCAACACAGGAGGACUUGCACAUUAUGGUUCUGUCCACUGAUAAGAAUUCUGGGAUAGAGUAUGAGUACUGGCUGCCUCCUGAGCUCUACGCCCUGCAUCAUGGAAGGCAAAAUCCUUAUCGGCAUCACCACACAUCAAACUUCCUGCCCUGGGAUGUGCCAGCUACCACCACCACCACCACCACCACAAGACCUCCUGCUAUCACACAGCCUUCAUGGGGUCCUGCAGGUGGACGAAGACCUCCUAUGAGCCCUCCCUUUCAGCAGCAGCCUCUGCCUCGUCUGGAACGAGAUGAGAAGAGUAACUACCUGCCCCGUACACACAGCACAGGUUACUGCGGUAAAUGCAGGAGGGUGAAGGGACGAGGCGAACGGCAGAGGCAGUACUGCCAGAAGGAUUACGUCUUCAGAGCCAAAAUCUUGGGGAAGGUCUACAUUGGCGAGGAGACACGGUACGACGUGCAAAUAAUCCACACGUAUCGCAACCGCUUCCGUCUGGAACGACGGGAAUAUCUGUGGGCCCCGAACCGGUGCGACUGUCCUGCACUGGAGGAUGGCUAUCAGUAUGUGCUAAUGGUCAGGCGGCAUGUCAACCAUGAACAGACACUCGAUCGCAUUCUACUGGAAGAGGACAGCUACGCGCAGCUUUACCGCCCGCGUGAGGACAGCCUACUGCGCCCCAUGGAGGAUCUUUGCAGUAACAGGGGCCUAAGAACUCACCAGAGAGGAUAGAGAAUGUGGACUAGGACCCUGUUUGGCUGAGUUCAUUGUGCACUUAUUAUAUUUAAUCUUGCUUCCAAAAAAUACAAACGACAAGAAAAACUACCUGCAGCUGGCUUUAAAAUGUAUCUGUGGAUAUUACAGAAACCCUUGGGAAGAAAACAAGCCCACGAGUUCCAGAGCUAUAGAGUUAUACCAAAGCUACUCAGUAAAUGAAGCACUUUAGGUGGAUGUUAUAGCCUACCUUUAAAAAUGCAUAUACCAAAGAAGAACAUACUUUUUGUAUUAUUAUCAGACUUAAAUAAACAUAAAUAUAUAUAUUACAAACACACACACAACCACACACACAUACACUCACUGGCCAUUUUAUUAGGAACACCUGUGCAGCUAUCCAAUCAGUGAAUCAUGUGGCAGGUGAAGAGCUUCAGUUAAUGACUAUAUAUAAAAAUAAAGAAAAAAGUGAUAAUCGUGACAAUAUAUUGUGGCUGGUUUGUAAAACUGCUGAUCUUAGAUUUUCACAUGCAUCAGUCUCUAGAGUUUACGCAGACUGGUGCGAAAAACAUAGUGAGUGAGAUUUCUGAGAGUGGAAACACCUUGUUGAUCUGAGAAGACAGAGGAAAUGACCAGAUUGUUCAAGCUGCCAAAUAAGCACUAUUACAACCAAGCAGAAAAGUAAAAAUAGCAAACCUUCAGUUGAAUAGGUUCCUCCCAAGAACAGAAAGCGUGUGUGAUGUUUCCCAGAAGUGACUAAAGCUCCUGAUCUGCAUACGUCUGCUUCUGCUAUACAUUAUGCUGCUGUCACAUGUUUGACUAAUAGGUGUUCCUGUUAAAGUAAUCGGUGAGUGUAAUAUAUAUAUAUAUAUAUAUAUAUAUAUAUAUAUAUAUAUAUAUAUAUAUAUAUAUAUAUAUAUAUAUAUACACACAAAUGUAUAUAAUAUGUCAAAAUGUAUCUCAUUUCUGCUAUUGUUUUUUUUUACAAUUAUUGUUUUUUAAAUAUAUUUAUGAUAUUAGUACACAUAGAAAAUAUACCUACAUUUAUGUAUGUUUUUUGCAUUUUGCAAUUUUUUUUUUAAAAUAUAUAUUAUUUCUAACAGUUUAUUUCUUGCCAGUGAUGCAAAAGGUUUCUUGAAUACCUCAAGCAGAAGAAUGACUUGAUUGUUGUCAAAGUGUUUCACUGAGAUGAUCCGUUUGAGAGUGAAACAUUUCAGGAUGAGAUAACGAUGCUGUGUCCUGAACCCUGACCUUAAAUCUUUUCCACUGUAUAAUCAAACUCACUGAUGUAUUUAAUAACAGCUUUCUUACACCAUCCGUUAUAUUAUUUAUCCAGAAUGCACUCCACAAUGCACAUGUUUCACACACGCCAGUAAUUUUACCAACACUGUGUUUAAUUUUCAGAUAAAUUAAUGACUGAAUGUG